GCAUCGAACGCACCUGUCACAUUUUAAUCACCGGGUCGGGAGGCGCCGGAUCAACCACUCCACCACCCGCAGCUUAAGCAUCGUGGCAGGGACCGAGGCGGACCCAGUCGCGUUUCAGAGCAGGAAUCUAUCCCGGUUCCUGCAUCGUCCACCCCCAAGUGGUUGCGCAUUGCUCGCGCAUCAUCCCCAUCUCCUCGUCGCAUUCCAUUAUGCUGAGCCCUGCCCCUUGCUUCACUUGCAUGUACAUAUUUCACAUCCUCCCCGACCCGACAUGAACGACUCGUCCGCUCCCAGCUGGCAACAGACAUUCGAACAUUACAACCCGUUGCCUCACUUCCGUCGCAAAGCGCCCACAGCACCCCCCGUCUUCUUCCAAGACUGGGCCUACGCGAAUCACGGGCCGGUGGUUUUGGGCGAUCCAAUGCGCCGUGAGCGUGGGCAGGUAAAUGCUGCAACGAGCGCGAAAAGCUUCGCCGAGUUGCUUUCGGGUCCGACCGUCGACAUCUACGUUGGGAAGGAGCGCAAGCACUGGAGCUUGCAUCGCAAUCUACUUUGCCAUCAUUCAAGCUAUUUCGAGACGGAGUUCGAGGGUCACGAGGUGCCAAAGCAUGAAAAGCGUGAUGGCAGCGAUGACACGCUCGAGCUGCCGGAUGACGACCCGCGAGGAUUUGAGUUGUUGGUGAAAUGGUUAUACCAGGGACAGCUGGAGGAUGCGUCGCUCUUGACAGAAGAGCAAAAGUACGACUAUGCGGUUGCAUGUCACAAGUUAUAUAUGCUUUGCGACAAGUUCGACAUGAUACCCCUCAAGAACUUGGCAAUGGAUCAAUACAGACUAAACUUGAAUGCGGCGCAGCUUGUACCGGACGCGGACGAGAUAGACGAGAUAUACCGCGCCUUACCAAGAGGUAGCCCUUUCAGACAGCUCAUGACGAAGAUUGCAGCAAGACAGAUCAUGGACCCGGAGACCGAGAAGGAUGCCGACUCGUACCGCAGAUGCUUCGAAAACAACCCCGACUUUGCCGUCGAGAUGGUCAAUGCGAUCCGCUUCAUGUCUGGUGGGAUGCUGUUCGAGGACCCAACUGAGGGUGACGAUUGCGACUACCAUGACCACAAAGACGGCUCUUUCUGCGGCAAGGACAAGAACAAGACGAAACCAUUGGUAAACGGCACAGGUUGAAGGUUCAUCGGGAAAACAACUGCCUGCAGAGCUUUCGGCGGAUCGCAAAACGCCGCGCAAGCUGAACUUCGAGGAACCGCCGUCGACACCCACG